AUGGUGAGCUUGAGAGGGAGCAACGACAAUGUGGCGGCGACGGGGAGAGGAGGUGAAGGUGGUGGUAGGGAAAGGUUAAUAGCAGUUGCAAUUGACAGGGACAAGUCCAGCAGAUAUGCUCUCAAAUGGGCCAUCGAGAACGUCGUCUCCUCACGAAACCAGACCCUAAAGCUCGUUCAUGUCAAGUGCCGGCCUUCGACAUCCCCUCCAUUUCCAGCCUGGUCGGACGAGGCGCAACCCGAUGCUCAAACAACAGAGCUCUUCCUUCGCUUCCGCUGCUACUGCUUGCGGAAACACGUACAAUAUGAAGUAGUUGUACUUGAGAAUUCAGAUGUAGCAAAAGCUUUAGUUGAAUAUGUCUCAAGACAUGCGGUCGACACUUUGCUCCUCGGAACGGCUUCACGAAAGAGCUUUUCCAGAUUAUUCAAGUUCGCAGAUACACCAAACACCAUCUUGAAGUACGCACCAAAUUAUUGCAAUAUUUACGUGGUAGGCAAGGGAAAAGCUGUAUCUGUGCGGUCCGCCACUUGUCCCGUCCCAAACUUGUUGACAAUUGAGGAGACAGCACAGGUCGAUACGCUAAACCAUGCGAGGUAUAGAUUUGCCCUAAUAAUUCUUUGA